UAAUUUAUUUUUACGUUGUGUAGUACAUGCUGCAAAGAACCCAGGACCAAGAUGAAAAUGUGGCUUUGGAGGCUUGUGAGUUUUGGCUGACUUUGGCUGAACAGCCGAUUUGUAAAGAUGUUUUAUGUCGGCAUCUUACUAAGCUGAUACCUGUGCUGGUAAAUGGUAUGAAAUACUCAGAGAUCGACAUUAUUCUGUUGAAGGGAGAUGUUGAAGAAGAUGAAGCUAUUCCAGAUAGUGAACAGGACAUAAGACCUCGCUUUCAUCGUUCACGGACGGUGGCUCAGCAACAUGAAGAAGAUGGUAUUGAAGAUGAUGAUGAUGACGAUGAUGAACUUGAUGACGAUGAUACUAUUUCUGACUGGAAUUUAAGAAAAUGUUCUGCUGCUGCUCUCGAUGUCCUAGCCAACGUAUUCCGUGAUGAGCUUCUGCCACACAUCUUGCCCCUUUUGAAGGAAUUACUCUUCCAUCCUGAAUGGGUUGUUAAAGAAUCUGGUAUCCUUGUUCUUGGAGCAAUUGCUGAAGGCUGCAUGCAGGGUAUGAUUCCAUAUCUUCCUGAGCUGAUCCCUCACCUUAUUCAGUGCCUCUCCGACAAAAAGGCUCUUGUGCGCUCCAUUACAUGCUGGACUCUUAGUCGCUAUGCACACUGGGUAGUUAGUCAACCCCCAGACAUAUACUUGAAGCCAUUAAUGACUGAGUUGCUAAAGCGUAUCCUGGAUAGCAACAAGAGAGUACAAGAAGCUGCCUGCAGUGCCUUUGCUACUCUAGAAGAGGAGGCUUGUACAGAGCUUGUUCCUUAUCUUGCAUAUAUACUUGACACUUUGGUCUUUGCAUUUAGUAAAUACCAGCAUAAAAACCUGCUCAUUCUUUAUGAUGCUAUAGGAACUCUAGCAGAUUCUGUUGGACAUCAUCUAAAUAAACCAGAAUAUAUUCAGAUGCUAAUGCCUCCAUUAAUCCAGAAGUGGAACAUGCUGAAGGAUGAAGAUAAAGAUCUUUUCCCUUUAUUAGAGUGCCUGUCGUCAGUUGCUACUGCCUUGCAAUCUGGCUUUCUUCCAUACUGUGAACCUGUGUACCAGCGUUGUGUAAAUCUGGUGCAGAAGACCCUUGCACAAGCCAUGUUGCAUAAUGCUCAGCCAGACCAAUAUGAGGCUCCAGAUAAAGAUUUCAUGAUUGUGGCUCUUGACUUACUCAGUGGUUUAGCUGAAGGUCUCGGAGGCAACAUUGAACAGCUAGUGGCUCGCAGCAAUAUCCUAACACUAAUGUACCAAUGCAUGCAGGAUAAAAUGCCUGAGGUACGGCAGAGUUCUUUUGCAUUAUUAGGGGAUCUGACAAAGGCAUGUUUUCAGCACGUUAAGCCUUGCAUUGCUGAUUUCAUGCCCAUUUUGGGAACCAACCUAAACCCUGAAUUCAUUUCUGUGUGUAACAAUGCUACGUGGGCAAUUGGAGAAAUCUCCAUCCAGAUGAGUAUAGAGAUGCAGCCUUAUAUUCCAAUGGUAUUGCACCAGCUUGUAGAAAUAAUUAACAGACCCAACACACCAAAGACGUUGUUAGAGAACACAG